CAUGUUCAGUCGAGGAGCUAUCGAUCGAUAAAAAAGCAGGAUUGCCUACGCGAGCUGGGUCGCGCGAGUAGAAACCUCCAAACUUCCGAAAUCCAGGUGUUAUCCGCAUGUUGCAUCGCGAAUCCUAGCAGCUAUCGGUUGGAGGUGAACCCACAGGUGUGCAAGUUGGAUGCAGAGGGCAUUUCAUCCGCCAGCCGGCCACCCCGAACAUUGAGUCACAGCCCAAGCCCCAACAUCAACCGCCGCCGACGCCGCAGUCAUCCGCCACCACACAACAGCAUACCUUCCCAUUUGGUCUGAUCCCAUUUACAUGCCCGCCGCUGGCGGUGAGCAGGGGAAUGGCGAGCAGCUACUUGAAGGGGCCGGCGGCAGCGAUGCAACCCGUGCUCUCCUCACAUCACCAGUUCCAUGCACCCGUGCCCUUCGCCCUGCCCCACCAUCUCGACUCGCCAGUCGGCUAUCCUCAAGAAGGUUGGUGGUCUGCAGGAGUGAACCCGCGCAAGCAGAGACGGGAGCGAACGACGUUCACAAGGGCGCAGUUGGACGUGUUGGAGGCGCUGUUCGCCAAGACGCGAUACCCGGACAUUUUCAUGCGAGAGGAGGUCGCGCUCAAAAUCAACCUGCCCGAGUCCAGAGUACAGGUGUGGUUCAAGAACCGGCGUGCCAAAUGCAGACAGCAACUCCAACAGCAACAGCAGCAGCAGCAACAACAGCAGCAAAGCAGUGGGGGCAGUUCGUCAUCGGUGGGGGGUGGAGGCACUCUCUCGUCCCCGGGCAAGCGGGGGCCCACCGGCCCCUCAAAGUCACUCAAGGCAACCACUGUCAAGUCUCCCGAAAUGAAGACCGAACCCAAUAUGGACAUAAAGCCUUCCAUGCUGAGCAAGUCAUGUUCGUCGCCAGCGGGCGCAACACCGAGUCCCCCUCUGACGCCGGGCGGCAACUAUCAGGCAGCCACAGCCAGCGACCUGGCCUCCUACAACGCAUUCUGCUGGGGCGCCGCCUCCACCCAGGCGCACCACCAGGCGCAGGCCUACUCCACACCCUACUACCCAACGGCGCACGACUACUUCCCCGCCACGGGCGCCUCCUCGCACCAGGCCUCCACCGCAUCCUCCAACUUCCACCACCUUUACUCGUCCGGUAACCACUCCUACGACCCCGGACACCACUACCACACCACACAGCACCACUACCACCAUGCCACCACCACCACACCGCCGCACCAUGCCAACCACAUGCCGCCGCCGCAUCGCCUCUCGCACGCACAGGACUGCGCCGCUGCCAACCAGGACUCCUAUGUCGGCUCCCCGGCUGACAAGUACCAUCUCGUGUAGUGCUUGGCUCGUGGUUUGGAAAGGCGAUCCAAACUCUAUCAAUAAAAUAGUCCAAACAACAAGCGACCCAAGUGGUUUUUCAAGAAGAGACCAUGGCUCCCUGCGAUCCAAACUUUAUCAAUAGAUGAUGUAAGAAGCGACUGCGGAUAGUACAAGCAGCAGGCUCUAACCCGCAGUUGAAUUGCGCUUCUUACAGCAACUAGAAUAUAGCAGAGUUAACAGAGAUUAUAUGAGAGUUAACAGAGAGACCGUGCGAUAGUGGAAUCAUCAGAAAUCAGCAUAUGGAACGUCACGGGGUUGUUUAAGAUGGUGAAAAUGCGAAAUUGCUGGUCUCCACUCUCGCGGAUCGAGUAUAGUGAAUCACUCAUCAAAACUGCCUGAAAUUUCUAUGACGAUGGGAACUUGCAUUAUUUGAUUAAUGAAUGAGGUUGAUUGACUAUAAGUUACUCAAAUGAAAAACGUUAACAGGUAUUCCACAAUCACUCGCACUCCGUUGUAAUUACACUCGUUGGUAUCGUUUGUGAUUACUCGUGCUUUUCUUCAGUGGUUGCAUCAAUAAUAGCUUGUCAUUAUUCUCUUUAUCUGUUGAUUUUCUAGAGAUGGCAUUAAAUCAAAUCACAUGAUAUCCUUACUGAUCUGAAUAAGAACUUUGCAAAAUUAUCAUCUGAGACUCUUUUAUGACAACAAAUGGGUUCCGAUCUGACUCUGACCCCGAAAUCAGUGUGGAGUGUUGGAUAGCCAUUAUUGCCUUGAAAUAAGGCAAUACAUUCAUUCGUCUACAAAUCAUUAUAAAUAGAAUUUGAGCUCUUGCUAUACUUCGUUUGAGUCAUUUGGCGAUUCACUUGAGACGGUAACUCAAUUAACCUCAGAUGCCCAACCUAUGAGAAAAAAAAUUUCUGACUGAGAUCUGGAAGUCUCAUUCUCAGAAAUGUGAUAGAAAAAUACAUCCAUGCAAGAAAGAUGCUUUAGAGUGCGGGAGUGUAGCUUCUGUUCAUUAUAGUUUAUCACCUCACUGAUUAUUUUCAAUGAAUUUGAAAGUUAAUUUGUGCUACUUCUCGAGCUUUGUCUACCACUCGUAUUUUGUCUCAGUGGAACUGAAAAACACUGCAGUAUAAUAUUCCAAAGGGAAAUCGAUAUGAGGCGGGAGAAAUAAUUUUAUCGAUUACUAAGUUGAGAGCAAGUUUAAUUCUAUGCACAAAUCAAUGUUCAGUUUGUAAAAGGUUCAAAAUGCAUUUUUAAUACAAAUCGAAUCUUAAAAAUUCAAUUUACUUAUUACCAGUAGUAUUUUCUUAUUGUUAGUAUAUUGUAUAAAAAAGAAUAUCUCCGUGAGAGACCGGAAUAUAAAGACGAACUCAGUGAGACAAUGAAUGACUGCGGAUUCUAUAAUCAUCUUAUUAGAUUUCCACAUCUAACGAGCUACGUUCCCCUCAGUUUGAUUGUUAAAAACUUGAAAAUUGAUAUAUACAAGAAGUUAGUAAGGAUGAUUUUGAAGAGACACAUUGGAGAGUAAUCUGUGAUAGCAGAUUGAUGUAGCCCUUAUAAUAGGACAAGUUGAUCUUAUCAUCUAACAACGAUAGAUCUACGAAAGAAAUAAUUAUGUACUGUGUUAAAAGAAUGUGAUUAUGUUAGUAGCGCAAUAACUAAUUAUUUGAAGAUUAAGUGAAUCUAUAUAAUGUGUGAAAUAGACUGUAUACAGUUCAUAGCUGAAUACAGAGUUGCAAAAAUAGUUCCAAGCAAAAUGAUAUUGUGGGCCUACAGUGCACGAUUUGUGUUGCCGAUAAUAUCAAUAAGGUACCAUGAAUAUCUUUGAGAUCUCAAAAGGUUUUAGUUUAGGAUAUAGGCCUACUGUUCUCUAAAGAUGAAUCAUAGAAGGCCUAGAGUGAGAAACUCAAAUUCUUCAAAAACAACGAUAGUAACCAAUAAUUAUCAUAAAAAAUUCUUAUUUUAUUUGUGGCCUACGCGAGUCCAAUGAACUAAUUAGCCUAAUUAUUGUUAUGUAAGAUAAACUAUAGUGAGCUAUAAUUGAUUUGAAAUUGUGUGGUACGGAAGAUUUGUAAUUAUUAUUGUAUAAGGUGAUGUUAGUUUUUCGCAUAUAUCCAUUGUAUUAUAUUGAUAUUAACAUAGGAUAGAUCUAUUAUUACGAUUAUUAUACAAUUAGCGUUUAUUUGAUCGAGAUUAUUUAUAAGGUUUAUUUUAAUCGAAAGUAAGAAUGUCUUAAUUUUCUACCGAUAGUAAAAAUAGUAUAAUAUGAUUGAAAUAAAAAUACGUAUUUGAAGAACGAUUUUCAUUCUGUAGUAUUC